UUAUUCAUUUAUGAGUCACUGUUUUUACCUGCCAGUGAAGAACCGGAAAGAUACAGUUUGAGUGGAUUCUACUUACAUUUUUAAGAGAUAAACAUUGAAAAGAUACUAAUCAAAACGCAUUUGCACCUGUGAUGAGGUGAGUGACCAUGGCGCAGCACUAUGAUGGUCUGUCCCACUGUAAGCUGGCCCUGGCGUUUGCCAUACUGAUGGACUUGCUAGGUGUGUCUGCUCUGCUGGUGGGGGUCUUUGCCCCAUUAGAGAUUAAGGGACAGGACUUUGGGGACCUGCUGGUGUACUCUGGGGCUCUACUGAUGCUCAUGUCCCUGGGAGGAUGGGUCAUGUGGUACAGCGGGAACCUUGAGGGCCUGACCUCCAGGAAGGAGCUAGGGGGAACCAUGGGUGCCAUGGACCGGCUGGCCCGCUCCCUCAGCCGCAGGAUACGACUCCCCAGGAGCCACAGUAGCCCCUCAUGAUGCUUCAUGGUCAGGCGUAGGAGAAGGGUGUGGUUGUAGGGGAGGGUCCUCACUGUCUCCAUUAGACUAUCGGCCCCUGAUAGUCAAACUACCUGGGGGUCUGGGAGCAGUAUUGUUGGCAUUGAGGGAGUGCUGUUAAAUGAACCAGGCUAUGGCCCGUGAUGUGAACAGGCAAAAGCGGGGUUGGGAGGAGCACCCUUCUCAAACCUAACAGUAAUCUGUGCCGUUAGUUCAUGUUGUCAUCAAGGCAGCAUAUUUUCACAUUUUCAAACUAGUUUGAAGGCAGAUAGUCUUUUUAUCAAAAAGCAAUCAUUUGUGUAUGUAAAAACCCAGAAUCCUACUCACUAUUCCAUGUGAUUAACCUGUCACUUUUUUUGGAGGAGCUGACUUCGCCGUCGGCCAAAACGGGGCACUGGGCUCAAGACCGGGAGGGAGCCUGUUUCCAAAACUAAUGUAAUCAACUCUAACCCGCUUCACCUGGGGCAGGAAUAAGAUUACAUUUUUAAGAGACAUUUUUUAUAGAACUCCCUCAUUCUUUAACCCAAGUUCCACCGCCUCCACGGUUGGAAGAGACUUACAUACUGCUAGUUCACUAGUGUCAAUUGCAAGAUGUAAAAACAGUCGGUCAUUGCUUUUUAUUGUCACUUGACCUUUGCUGAAACACCUCCGGUAGAUAACAGAAUUGUACAGACUGUCUGAAUAGGAUUUUAAACAAUCAAGCAUGGAGGCUAUUCAUAGUUCACUUGGUUGGUUUGUUUAGGCUUGAAUCUGUAAAUAAUUGGUCUUUAUAUUCAUAAUAAUCCAUGUUUUGUGGUUCUUUGAAUCAUUAUAGGGUUUUUGUAUUAAAUUAUAAAAUUGUAUUAAAACUAUAAAAUAACUUA